CUCGCAUGUACAACGGACUUGCAUGUGGCCGCAGAUGCUUUGGCCGUGUGGGAAAAACACAAAUUUGCAUGGGCUGGCUGCUCUUGGUCGCAUGUCUUUCUGACCGACAUUUCCUCUGAAAUCUCCCCCCUUCCUCUGCCUUUUCCCUCUGCAUCCGCCUCCCCUCGGGCUGGCCACUUCCCAAUUGUAAAACCAUUAAAAGGGUCAAACAUUCAAUCCAGGGUCACUCUUGAACUUUUAAUUGCAUAUCAACAGCAUGCGACGCUAGAGGCCAGGGGGCGACUUGGGGCAUAUACCAUGCAUGCACGUCGUCUCUCUACUCAACGGUCUAUGUGAGCGAGAUAAAUACAUAGACGGCUCGCAUACGGGAAUUCACCAUUGAGACCAGGCCCUCGGGACCGGAUACGCACUGGAAGGGAGGAUCUGGAACGGCCGCCAAGAUGGACGACUACUUCUUCAAGAAUCAUGUCAAGGCGUGCAGGAAUGUCAGCGAGGACACGAGCUACCUAGAGAUCUUCAACUACUCGGACCCAUCUUAUAAUACCGUCGAGCAACAUCCGUUGACGAUGGAUGAGUUUGACAACUUUCUAAAACGAAAGGGCGCAUUUUCACCGCCCAAGCUUAAGGAUGGCGUGAAAUUACUCAAUGGCGUAAGGAUAGUCCUCCAGCUCAAAGUCAAGCACCCCGAGACCUUUGCCCCACAUGUGAUAUCCUUCACGGGGCCCGAGUACGAGAACAUGGUGCGGUCGCUCCACCUGCCGUACCGCGCGAUCGAGGGCACCGCCGUGGUGGGGCCUUUCUUCUGGUGCUCGUACGACAGCGACGACGACGAGGACCCGUACCAGCAGAUCAUCAUGCGCAAGUCGGACGUGCGCAAGAAGGGCAAGACGCGCGGGUGGGAGCUGAUGCUGUCGCACCACUUCCGCACGGGCAUAACGACGGGCUACGUGAAGGGUACCGACUCGAGCGACAUGACCGAGAGCAUCCAGCACCUCAAGGAGUGCGCCACCCACGUCGCCCACCCCUUCCUGCUGCCGGUCAUCAUCCUGUCGCACGACCUGAGCCCCAAGACCGACUCCAAGCAGCGCGACGCCCGAGACUGGCUGCGCCGCCUCGAGCACGCCGUCAGCAUGCGCAACGAGAUCCAGGAGGAGGAGGGAUACGUCAAGGCCGACGUCAUGGACCUCGACCAGAUCAACCGCGACCUGGUCGAGUGCCACUCCCAGGUCCUGUGGAAGCGGCCCCAGGCCUACCAGGAGAUCAUCAGGUCCAUGGAGGAGGGCAUGGCCGAGUUCGUCAAGAUGCUGCCCCCCGAGCGGGGCCCCAUGGCCCUCGACGACGGCGGCAAGGACAUGUAUGGCUUCAGGGACCUGAGGAAGCAGCAGAACAGCAUGCUCAGCAGGCUCGAGUUCUAUUACAACAAGCUGAAGGGUACCGAGCACUAUGUCCAUACGACGCUGGAGCGGCUGGCCAUUCAGCGGAGCGCUCUCUACAACAUCAUCGCCCAGAAGGAGUCGAAGCUCAACCUGCAGAUGGCAGGUGACCAGCGGCGACUGGCGUACGCGAGCAAGCGAGACAGCACGUCGAUGAAGACCAUCUCACUGCUAGGAUCCAUCUUCCUGCCUGCAACGCUCCUGGCCUCGAUAUUUAGCAUGACCUUUUUCAACUUCCAAAAUGGUCUCACGGAGAACGACGACGGGCCCGUGGUGGCGCCGACAUUCUGGAUUUACUGGGCGGUAGCGAUCCCGAUCACGCUCUUCAUCGUCAUAAUAUGGUGGAUAUGGGACCGGUCGCGCGAGGCGCGGUACGCCAAGGAGGACGACGACCUCGAGGCCAACAUCGAGCACAUGGAGAAGAACAUCAUGAAGACGAUGCGGCAGCGCACCAUGAGCAAGGUCAGGACGUGGACGCACGUGCCCGAGAAGGUAGAGUGAGCGAGCGAGCAAGGGGCAAAAUGAGACUGGGGGUGAGUUUUGGAAUUUUGGAAUUGCUGAUAAAAGCGAGCCCUUGUCUUUCUGUGGAAAACUUAUUAGGAGCAACCCGAGGUUUUAUAUAUACAGAUGGGCUGAACGAGGUGAUGACUGUCAUGAGCACGAGAGAAUGAUUCACGAAGAUAUGACCGUUGAACAUUGUAUUGUUGCUUGCUGCAAGAAGAUUGGGGAGGACGGUGUACAGAGGUAUACUGAGAUGCAGAUACCCAUGGUCAACACAAUAUGGACAUUUUCUUCCAUCCAAUUGUCCGCCCCCUCACAAGUGCCAUUUCGUCUAAAGUAUAUUUCUGUCUAGUACUGGACUCAAGCCGCCUCUGAUGUAUCGGCACUGCUUGAUGCAUUUGCCGCGCCCCGAGAUGAGAGGCGGACGGCACACCAGUUUUGAAGUAUCAUCGCUAGUGUCGUGGGUUAACGUGGUCAUGGUGGUGCAGUUUACAUACGCACUAUGCCGCGCUCAGACGAGCACGUAUGGUUGACUAUGCCGCGACAACCAUACCUGUCCAUUGCGGCCCGGUUUCGUGUGCAUGAAGGGUGCUGCGACAGUUGCCGGCCCGACGAGCGAUGCAACGGCCGUCCUCUCUGCAUGGAUCCGUCUUGAGCGCGUCUAGGCUGAUCACAUGAUGAGCUGCGGCCAACAACAUGGCCUUGGGGUGGAAGGAUCUCCGGGAAAAGUCCGGAAAUCAGUCGUUGUGGCCCCAGCUGUCCGUCUCUUCGCCGGGUGUUCCUCCAAUGCGCGUGAGAACGCGGCGAGUUGGGUGCCGGGGGUGGCAUCAGUCCAGGAGAAUGCACGAGCUUCGUGGCAUUCGUGACCCGUGAGUACCUCAUAGCGGCCCGCAGUUUAUCCAGAAACCAAUGUGUUCUCGGGGAAGUCCGUCUUCUUCUCCAGGGCGUCUACCGCCUGGCCGACGGCGCCAUCCUCGCCGUUCUGGGGCGCGGCAGCAGGGCGCUCCUCCGCGCCGGCCUUCUUCUUCUCCUUCUUGCCAAGUGAAAUCGCACCCUUUGCCAGCGCCUCAGCCGGGAGCGGCCUCACGAUGGGCUGAGCGACCCACCACGGCCGCUUGCACCUUUUCACGGUGGCGACAGAGCUGAGCGGGUCGUCCACGAUGGUCCCCUCAGCCUCGUCCUUGACGGGGUCUUCCACCGGCGCCGGCGCCGCGUCCUCGGCGGUGCGGGCAUUGUCAGGCCGUGACCCCUUCUCGUAGGCACCAUUUCGCCCGUCGUCCUCGACGUUCUUCCCACCCGUGCGCUCGUACUCGAGCAGACCCUCGGCGACCUUCUUCUCGACCAUGGCCAGGAUGUUCUCGUAUACCGCAAUGUCACCCAGCCUCGACUUCGCGAGAGCGUCCCGCACGUCGUGAUGCCUCGUGACAAAGUGCCGAAGCAUGUGGAAGAGGUGCGGCUGCAUGCCGACAAAGUUGGGGCCGGCCGUGAUGGACGUAACCUUGACGCCGGCACCGCCACUGCCAUCCUUCUUCCGCUUCUUGCGCGCCGGUUCCUGCGCUUCUGAGCCGUUCUCCUCGUCCACCUCGGGCUUCCGGAGCCAGGACUCGUCAUCCCCGGGCACGAACAGCGGCCGCCUCGCGGGUGGGUCCUGCUCCAGGACGUACCUGUGCAUGAUGUCGAGGUAACGGCGCAUGAUAGCGUCGACGCGGAAUCCGCCCCGCCCGUCCUUGCCGCGCCAGUACUCCCUGGUCUCUUUGCCCGGGGGCGGCGGGGUUGCGAACAGGGCGGGGUCGCUCAGGUUCCCCUCCGCAGCCAUGACGCCGUCGGCGCCGGUGGCAUCCAGGCAGCGCUGCAGGUCGCCGUGCUGCAGGACGUUGCCGUUGGCAAAGAUGACGGUCUCGGGGGGCAGGUUGUCCCGGAGGUGCCUGAUGUACUCCCAGUCGGCGACGCCCGUCAUGUGGCCCUUCUGCUCCCUCCUGCGGCCGUGGACGGUCAGGAUGCUGGCGCCGGCGCUCAGGACGUUGCGGGCGUAGGCCAGCGUCGCCUCCUUGGUCUCGAGGAUGCGUAUCUUGGCGGUCACGGGCACGGGGAGGUUCUCGUGCAGCGUCUUGAUCAUGGUGUGGAUGAGCUCCUGGUCCUCCUGCAGGAAGGCGCCGUAGUGGCCCUUGCGGGCGAUGCCCUGCGGGCAGCCGAGGUUCAGGUCCACGGCGUCGCAGUGCGGCGCGACGACCCUGGCGGCGGCGAGGAGGGCUUCUGGGUCGUUUGCGCAAAACUGCACAAAGAGGGGCCGGUCGAAGGCCGGGUUGCCGUCGAGGUACGGCUUGUCGUCGGGCUCGCCGCCCCCGCCCCCGCCCCCGCCCCCGGCAGCGGCGCCUGCCUGUGGCCUGGCGGUGAUCUGGGACCAGGAGGAUCGUGUGGGCUGGAAGUGGGAGUCACGGUACUUUUGUCCGUCGGCGAAGAGGCGGGCGUGGAGCAUGGGCGAGUAGGCAAGGAUGCUGGGUCGCUCGGACUCGGGGAGGAAGGAUCGUGACAGCAUUCUCCAGGCGAACUCGGACUGGUCGACCAUCGGGGCCACGAUGUAUUUGGGCUUCCCGAUGCUCUCGUAGAAUGCGCGGCCGUGCAGCUUGGCCGGCUGCACCGCCGAGUCUGCGACAACAGCCGCAGCCGCAGCAGCCAUCGUGGUCUUUGCCGUCGCAAACCCGCCCGCGAGGGCUCUGCGCAAGAGUCUCGGGGCCAGACUGGCCAGGAAAGCGAUCGUGGGCCUCGGAGACGUGCACUUGUGCUUGCGGGUACGGUGGUCACGGGCUGGUAUGCAGAUGAGGCUGGACCGGUGGGUGCAAGUCGUGGCAGGGCCGUCAACUUUUUUUUUCCCCCCC